AUGACAUCUAUUUUCGACACCUCUCAUUAUAACACCAACUUCAUUUCACUCAGUGAUUAUUUUUUCUUUCUUAGUCUAAUUCUUUCUAUUAAUUUUCACCCUUCUCCUCUCUUUAACCAUUCUAUUUUCUUUUGUUAUUUUUCCUGUAUUCCUUUCUUUUUGAUUUUUGUUCACUUUUUCUUUCUUUCUUUCUUUUUCUUUCUUUCUUUCUUUCUUUCUUUCCCAAUUAUCUACCCAAUUAUCUUACCGAUAAUUCGUUCUUUUUUUCUAGUUUCUCCCCCUCCAUUUCAUUCUUCUUUCUUCCUCUUCGUCUUACUUCCUUUAGUCAGUGUUCAUUGCACUAGUUAUUUUCGUUUCAUAUGUCCUUUCUUUCUUCUGUUUUUUUUCUUUAUCGCUUCUUUUCUUUAUUCAUUAUUUUUCACUUUUUCUUUCUUUCCAUAUUUUUACCACAUGCUUUUCUUUUCUUCGUUAUUACAUCUUCCACACUUACUUAUCCUGUAUAUUUUAACCUUUCACCCCGUCGUUUUUACAAUUAAUUCUCUUAUCUAUUCAUUCAGAAAUUUUCUUCUAACUCUGCUAUUAUUUUCGUUCGUUUCUUUCUCUACAUUGUUUUUUGUUAUAUUCUUCUUCACUCCUCAACAUCAUACUUUCUUUCUCUCCAUUCCACUCUUUUUCCUUCUUUAUAUUCUUUUAUAUUCCCUUUAUUUUUCUCCUUUUUCUCUUCUCGUUUCGUUACCUUCUUCUUCUUCAUCAUAUUUUAUCCUUUAUUUAUUAUCUUUUAUUUUUAUCCUUACUCGCUUCUGUUCGUCUUGCCUAUUUUCCUCGUACAUUUAUCGCAUUCUAUUUUCCGCCCUUUUUCAAUAA